AUGGAACUCAACCGAGAACAUUUUCGCGCCAUAACUUAUUACAACUUUCAGAGACAAUUAUCGCAACAAGAAUGCCUUGCUGAGUUACUGUCUGUUUUCGGCAACGAAGCGCCACAUCAGUCGACAAUUUCCCGUGGUCUUAGCGACGAUCCCAGGGUGGAUAGACAUGUGACAUAUCGCGAGAUUGAGGCGUCCUCAAAAUUAGUUUCUCGUUGGAUACCCCGCCUGUUGACUGAAGAGCAGAAAGCAGCCAGGUCGGCUGUUUGGGUGUUCCAACGUGAAGAAAAGCCAACAAAAGUCAUCCAUUCUCGAAAGCAAAGAACUGUUACUGCGGAUUGGUAUACUACCAUUUGUUUGCCAAAAGUCAUCACCGAGCUUCGAAAAAUGAACCCCGAAAGAAGAAUCAUCCUCCACCAAGACAAUGCAAGCUCGCACACAGCCCAAAGAACAAGGCAGUAUUUAACGGAAGAAAACGUGGAAUUAUUGGACUAUCCUCCUUAUAGUCUCGAUCUAAGUCCUAACGAUUUCUUUACUCUCCCGAAAACUAAAAACAGACUGCGUGGUCCAAGGUUCCAGUCACCAGAAGAAGCAGUUGACGCAUUCAAAAAUGCCGUUUUGGAUCUGCCAUCAAACGAGUGGAAUAAGUGCUUUGAAAAUUGGUUCGAGCGAAUGCAGAUAACAGCAGAAAUAUUUAAUGAGCGACAUGAGAACAGUAACUGGUGCAGACAACGGUCACUCUGGGAUCAGGAAUGGAACAGUAUUGUCUUUAGUGACGAGUCUCGAUUUUGUUUAGGCAUGCUCGAUGGUCGUGCCAGGGUUAGAAGGCGACGUGGUGAAAGGAGGAAUCCACAGUUUUUUGUUGAAAGACAUGUUCAUCACACUGUUGGAGUUAUGGUUUGGGGUGCUAUAGCUCAUGGUUCCAGGUCACUUUCAAUCUUCAUCAGAGGUAACAUGAACGCGCAGCGUUAUAUCCAUGAAGUUCUAGAACCCCAUCUUUUACCCUAUCUUGACACCCUGGCAGAUCCAACUUUCCAACAAGAUAAUGCCCGACCACAUGUUGCAAGAGUCACAAUAGACUUUUUUCAACAUAAUGAUGUCACAUUGUUACCAUGGCCACGAAGAUCCCCCGACUUAUCCACAAUUGAGCACGUGUGGGAUAUGAUGGGUAGGAGAUUGCUCAAUUUGCAACGUCCUCCUCAGACUCUAGAAGCACUUCGAGAGGAGUUGGUGGUUGCCUGGAAUGAGAUACCACAGGAGGACAUUGACCACCUGAUCAGAAGCAUGCCUAGGCGCGUUGGAGAAUGCGUAGCAUAUCAGGGUGCAUCCACACAUUAUUAA